AGUUCCGAUGGGACAUACAGCAAGACCGGGGCGCUUCUACGGUGUCUACCUGCUCUACUGCCAGAACCCUCGGCAUCGGGGCCGCGUGUACGUGGGAUUCACUGUCAAUCCUGCUCGUCGCGUCCGGCAACACAACGCCGGUCGCAAAAAAGGUGGCGCCUGGCGGACCAGCGGGCGAGGACCCUGGGACAUGGUGCUGAUCCUGCACGGUUUUCCGUCUGCUGUAGCCGCCCUUCGGUUUGAAUGGGCCUGGCAGCAUCCUCAAGCCUCACGCCGCCUGACUCACGUGGGGCCGCGCCUGCGCAGCGAGGCAUCCUUCGCCUUCCACCUGCGUGUGUUGGCACACAUGCUCCGAGUUCCUCCGUGGGUGCGCCUCCCUCUAACCCUGCGCUGGCUGCGACCUGACUUCCGCCAUGAACUUUCUCCAUUGCCACCACCACACAUGCCCAUUGCCUUUGGGCCAGUACCACCCCAGCCCUUGGUCCCGAAGCAACUCACUGCAAGUGAGACUGACAGCGAGCGCCAGCUGGAUGGAGGCACCAAGGGCAGCUGCAUGCUGUGUGCACGUAUGCUGCAGGAUGAAGAAGGCCCCCUGUGCUGCCCCCACCCCGGUUGUCCCCUCAGAGCCCAUAUUAUCUGCCUGGCAGCGGAGUUCCUGCGGGAAGAGCCAGGGCAGCUUCUGCCCCUAGAGGGUCGUUGUCCUAGCUGUAAGAAGUCUCUACUCUGGGGAAGCCUGGUCGGGCAGUGCCACGUGGACACCGAGGAGGAAGAGGACUUGGAAUUAGAAGAGGUAACUGCCCAUUGGUGAAAGUCAGGUUGGCACCUGGAACGGACCCCAGGAGAAGGCUGCUUACCGGCUCAGUCUCUCUGGUGGUGCUUUAGUGACUCUUACACAACCCAGGACCACCUGCGUAGGGGUGGCACUGUCCACAGUGAGCUGGGCCCUCUCAGCUCAAUCAACAAUCAAGAAAAAGCCCCCACAGACAUGCCCGUAGGUCCAUCUGGCUGAGGCAGUCCCCCAUCGAGAAUCCCUCAGGUAAGGCUGGGCUAUGCAAAGCUGACAGCCAAAGCCCAGGAGACCAGUGCCUGUGACUUGGAGCCUGCACGCCUCUGUUGAGAGCACACAGGUCCUGUGCUCACAGAGAAGCACCAGGGAAGCCAGGUUAUGCACGCAUGGUUGCCUUUUCGAGGGAAAAUAUGUAUGUUUUCUGCCCAGAAGCCUGGGAAUGGAGGUGGCUAACAGUCUGGGCAGCACUGUCCUAUCUGUAGAGUCCCUCCAUACCUGGCUCCCCCAAAACUCCCACAACCAGGACCAGAGGUGGCUGAUAGCCCAGAUGACCUCUACACUGUCUGUAUGACCGAGACCACGACAGAUCCUCCCCUUGGCGAAGAUACUGCAGCAGCAGCCUACCGACCUCACCUUCAUGAAGUGUCAGGUACUUUGAGAAGACUUUCUGUGUAAUCAUGUCUCCUUGCGCAUACAGGAUUGUGUUACACAAGGAGACUUUCUCCAACAUUGUACUGCACUUUAAUACGUGUACAGUG